AUGAAGACUUUAGCAGUGCGUCUCCUACUGCUGGCCGCAUGUGGCGUGGCUUUAUCCGCGAAACUGGUCGACAGCAGUUCGAAAACAGUUUCGAUGCCAUCUUUGCUGAGCAACUACCGUAGCACUGUGCCGAAAUCGAAUCGCUAUUCGUCGAGAAAUGCAAAUAUUACGGUCGAGUUUUUCACCACCGAGGUGGAUCACUUUAACAAUCAAGAUGGUGCUACGUGGAGCAAUCGGUAUUUGGUUUCGAUGGAUCAUUUUGCAGAAGGUGGUCCACUAUUGAUCUUUCUCACCGGGGAUAUACCGCUACAGGAGUCACUGAUCGACGAAGGAACGCUGAUCAACGAAAUGGCUCGCGAUCUUGGAGGUGCUGUCUUUGCACUGGAAACACGGUUCUACGGCGAAAGUCAACCGGUUGGGGAUCUUAACGUGGAGAGCUUGCGGUUACUAAACACCGAGCAGAUUCUAGCGGACGUGGCUGACUUUGUGCUUCAUCUGCGACGCACCGUGAUCGGUAAUCCGUUCGCACACGCUCUCGUAGCUGGUACCGGGCUCGGUGGUGGACUGGCAACCUGGUUCCGCAUCCGAUAUCCUCACCUAGCGGAUGCUGCUUGGUCCUCGAGCGGUUAUCUGCGUGCGGUGUACGAUUUCCAAGAAUUCUCCUUCGGUUGGGCCGAAACGGCAAUCGACGUGGGCAGCCAAGAAUGUUACAAUCGCAUCUUUGUUGCGUUCCAUGUGGCACAGAACUUGUUCGACGCCGGGUUCGGUGAGGUUUUGUACAAAAAGUUAAAUCUCUGCAGCCCGGUCGACGCGGACGAUCGUAUCGAGGUGUCGUACUUCUUCAGCGUACUGAUGACGUCCAUCGAGCUGUUCACGCUACGCAAUGGAAAUGUUGAGGAGUUCAAGAUAGCGUGCGAUGAUAUUACGGGUGAAAAUUUCGCCACCUCCCUGGACGCAUUUGCUAGCUGGUUCAACACAAAGUUCGCAGAAGAUCAUGGCUGCAUUAUCGUAGACUUUGAUCAGUUUAUUGAAUCGCUGAGCGAAACAUCCGCGUCGGCUGAGGUUAACUUGGCCGGAGAGCGUCAAUUCCUGUACCAACAGUGUACCGAGUACGGUUGGUUCUUUACGACCGAUUCCGAUUUGCAGCCGUUCGGUGAGCGGGUCCAGAUGGAGCUAUACUAUGAGAUGUGUCGCCGUGUGUUUGGCGAGUGGGUUACACCUGAGAUUAUGUAUCGUUCGACCGAAAGAACGAACGAGCGGUUCGGAGGAAGCACACCGAACGUGAUGCAAGUCCACUUCACGAACGGAGCGUACGAUCCGUGGCGAUAUGCGAGCAUCGUGUCCGAUCUGAACGUGUACGCACUGUCGGACGUUAUACAGGGAGAGUUGGCUGGAGCAGACCUGGGCGCCAUUUCGGAAGAAAAUGACUCGCAACAGCUAAUCGAAGUGAAGCGUCGUCUCAAGGAACUGUUUGAAAGUUAUCUGUUUCCGUUCAAUCCACGAUAG